UCUUCCCCAGGCGAAGGCGAUAAUACCCCCCGCGGGCGCGGGGUGCACUCAGAGCUGCCAUGAGACGCGGCGCGGCCCGGACCCUGCUGCUCAACAUGUACCUGCCAGACCCGGUUGGGGAGACUUUGUUCAAAGAAGGCAAAACCCAGGCGUGGGGCUCCCUGGGGCCUGGGGUGCAAAAAGGCAGUGGGCAGAUUCAGUUGUGGCAGUUUCUGCUGGAGCUGCUCUCAGACCGUGCAAACCUCAACUGCAUUGCAUGGGAGGGCACCAACGGUGAGUUCAAACUGCUGGAUCCUGAUGAGGUGGCACGGCGCUGGGGUGAGCGCAAGAGCAAGCCCAACAUGAACUAUGACAAGCUGAGUCGGGCGCUACGCUACUACUACGACAAGAACAUCAUGACCAAGGUGCACGGCAAGCGCUAUGCCUACAAGUUCGACUUCCAGGGCCUAGCACAAGUCUGCCAACCAGCCACGCCUGACCAUACCCUCUACAAAUUCCAGGCACCCUUGCCUUUCUCUGGCAUCUCCAAACUCAACAUCAUGGCCUCAGGUGUCACCCCAACCAGCUUCUCCUACUGGCCAGGAUCUACCCCAACCCUAUACCCCAGCCAUGGCCUACCGCCAUCAACAUCCUUCAGUGCCAUGGCAACCUCCCAUAUCAACAACAUUAAUAGUCACUACCACUAGGCCUCUUGUGGCUGGA